UAUUCUGCACCAGAUUCAGAUGGCAGAAACCAAUGCCUUGGUGCUGGAAGCAUAUCAGAAAGGUAGAGAUGUGCUAAAGACCAUCAAUGAUGACAUGCUAACAGCUGCAGAGGAAGUGGUUGAUGAACUCCAUGAGGUGAUCCAAGAGAGUGAGGAGGUUGGAGCAAUAUUGGGGGGAAAUGUUGAAAAUGAAGAACUGGAGAGAGAGCUGGAAGCCUUGCUAUCCGGUCCUGACAGCAGCACCAAAGCUGAUGACCUUGCAGAACAGUUAUCCAAACUAGAGCUUGUUUCACCACCAGACGCUGACCCAACACAAAUUAUGGCUCAGAAAAAGAUACCAGCAGUAACUCCACUCCACUGAACACAUUACUAGAAAGUAUCACAUCAUCAUUAUCAUUUUACAAAAUUAUAAGCAACUUGAAUUGGCAGGGCCAAUGCUAGGAGCAGAAGGCUGAUUGCACAUGUAUUCCACACUACAAUGUUGGCUGCACUGGCUACAAACCAUGUGGAAUAAAGUCCUAGCAGCAGCACUAACAAUGCACCACAGUAAUUUGCCACUCCAAAAGCUGCAUGGAUCCUCUUUACCACCACUGGCCUCACUUUGAAGGGUAGAAUACCAGGCCACAAGAUGGCAAUGCCACCCGCUGCUUGGGCUGAUAUACUCCCACAGAUGGUGAUGCCCGCCAUCCCAUGCCAUGUGGUAUAGUGCUGCUUUCCAGCUUGAACCUUGUUAGCAGUGAUGACAGCCAAUCCUGUGUACGCACAGAGAAGACUGCAGGCCUGCAGUACCCAGUGCCACUGGAUCUUGCUAGCCCUUGAAUACCCGUGCACAGGAGAGGACCACACAGCAAACA